CAUCCAUCCGAACGCGAGUUAUCUCGUGCCUGCCCCGCGGUUCUCCUCCCCCGCAUCCGCCCUACCCCCAUGGCCGCUCUCCUCCGCACGGCAGCCGCCCUGGCGCAGCGGCCCCUGUCCGCCCGCGAGCCGCGUCGGCCGUGCGCGCAGCUCGCCUGCUCCCGGCGCGCGACGGCGUGCGCGCGGCCGCUCCGGGCGCUGCCGCCGCCGACUUCGCGCGUCCUCUGCCGUGCCGCGGGCCGGCUGCGGCGGCGCUUGGGCGCCACCGAGGCCGACGAGGCCGCCCAGACGGCGACGGAGGAGGAUUCAGAAACGGAAGUCACUGGAGACAGUGCUUCAGAUGAUGGUGCUGCGGGCACAGAUGAAACUCCCUCUAUUCUUGUGACAGCACUGCAGUCAUACAAAGAAGCCCUGAUUAAUGAUGAUGAAGCAAAAGUUGCUGAGAUAGAGGCCUUUUUACUUACUAUCGAGGACGAGAAAAACUCUCUUGUGAACAAAAUCACUACUUUAGAUGCAGAACUGGCAACUCAACGAGAACGUAUCUUGAGGAUAAGUGCUGACUUUGAUAAUUUCAGGAAAAGGACAGAAAGUGAGAAACUUAAUAUGAUGACAAAUGUGCAAGGGGAAGUUAUAGAAAGCUUGUUGCCUGUUAUUGACAACUUUGAAAGAGCGAAAACACAAAUAAAGGUGGAAACAGAGGGAGAGGAGAAAAUAAAUAAUAGCUACCAGAGCAUUUAUAAGCAAUUUGUUGAGAUUCUGAAUUCAUUGGGUGUUGAAUAUGUCGAAACUGUUGGCAAACCAUUUGAUCCUAUGCUUCACGAGGCUAUUAUGAGGGAAGAAUCAGUGGAGUACGAAGAGGGAGUCAUCAUCCAGGAAUUCAGAAAGGGUUUCAAACUUGGCGAAAGACUACUACGCCCGGCAAUGGUCAAGGUGUCUGCAGGACCAGGCCCUGAAAAGUCUGGAGAUGACGAGCCUACGGAGGUUGAAGAUAGCGUAGCACCUCAAAGAGUUGAAGAUAUUGAAGACGAUGGUCCCGAUGAUGGUGAUGCCGAGUAAUGGAGCUUAAUUUCUGAAUCAACAAGAACAGGUCCAGAAAUUUUGAUGCUUUUCUGGAGUGUGCCAAGCAGGUAAUAGGAUAGUACCAAUUGUUAAAGCCAGAGUUAGAUAUUUGUCUCCUCAAAUUUGUGUUGUUCCUUCUUGCUGCUGACAUGGGGUGUUGGUAUUGCCUCAAAUUUCUGUUUCCUCCGGGCGUGGCCGCCGUUUAAUUUCUUGCGCUGAGGACUUUUCUUGGUUCAUUGAUGCAACCACAUGAUAUUGUGAGGAGUAAAUUGGUUCAGAUCUACAAUUUGAUCCUUCCCUA